GUCUAGUCUCAGAGAUCCGGUCUGCCUGCACUUCCACUCAAAUCCAUCUGUACAGAGACUGACACUCCUCUUCCUCAUCUUCCUCCAGACCAGCAUCAUUUCAGCGCCUGCUUCGACGACAUCAAGCCAUGGCUGUUACCGGCUGCUCUCAGUGCAUCAAAUAUAUGCUUUUCUUCUUAAACUUCAUUUUCUGGCUGGCUGGUGGAGUGAUUCUGGGUGUAGCUCUGUGGCUUCGCCAUGACAGUCAGACCAGUAACCUCCUAAUGCUCCAGUUUGAAGGGAAUCAAGCACCAGGAACCUUUUAUAUCAGUGUGUAUGUUCUCAUAGCGAUUGGGGCUGUAAUGAUGUUUGUGGGGUUCCUCGGCUGCUAUGGAGCUAUUCAGGAAUCUCAAUGUCUCUUAGGAACGUUCUUCACAUGUUUAGUGAUCCUCUUCGCCUGUGAGGUGGCAGCAGGAAUAUGGGGCUUUAUUAACAGGGACACAAUCUCCACUGAGCUCAUUAACUUCUAUGAUACUGCAUACAUUAAAGCUGUGGAUCCUGUGGAGACAACAUCCAAACAGGCAGCUGCCAAAGUCCUGGAGGUCUUCCAUGACACACUUGAGUGCUGUGGUAAAGGGGAUGAUAAUGAACUCUUCACAGCUGUCCAGGCCUCUCUGUGUCCCAAGAAGACCAACCCAGUCGACCUGCUCAUCUCUCAGAGUUGCCACACGAAGCUAAGGGACCUGUUCUCUGAGAAACUCCAUGUCAUUGGAUUGGCCGCCCUAGUGAUCGCUGUCAUUAUGGUUUUUGAGAUGAUCUUCACCAUGGUUCUCUGCUGUGCAAUCCGCAAUGCUCCUGCAUACUGAGUUGCUGGAUGAAGACCAGGCCGAUCAACAUUGUUUGAUUUUUCCUAGUGA